AAAAUUUGGCCUACACUCCGGCCAAAUGUCGUGAACUAUAUUCUAAAGUAGAUAAUUGAAAAUUUAAACCUUAACCUAAGAAAACUAACGAAACAACAAAACCCAAGAUGCUUAUUACAUCAACACUGCUGGGCAUUACAGUGCUUUUGGGCUAUGUGUUUUAUAGGCUCCGGAAAGAGACGAUGACCAUUUUCAAAAAGCUGGGGAUCCCAGGCCCUGAGCCAAACUUCUUGUUUGGCAAUCUAUUGGAAUUCCGGACAACGCCGCUGUACAAGAAGCACCAAGAGUGGCGAGUCAAGUAUGGUGAGACAUUCGGCUACUAUGAAGGACCGACCCCAGUAUUGGUGACGUCUGAUGUGGUCAUGCUAGAGGAAGUCUUCAUCAAACAGUUCAACAAUUUCCACGCCCGUAAGCUGUGGCCGGUCCAGGUCGACCCAGACAAAGACGAAGACGUCCACAUGUUUUUCGCCAGGGGCAAGAGAUGGAAGCGGCUCAGGUCCGUGGUCAACCCUGCCUUCUCCGCGGCCAAGAUAAGAAAGAUGACGCCAACAGUAAACGAGUGCAUCAACCACCUCCUUGACGUCAUCAGGGACACGGCCAACGCCACGUCACACAAGACGGUCGAGCUUGUUGAUCUAUUCCGUCGCCUUACCCUGGACACUAUAUUAAGAUGUGAAGUUGGCAUUGAAAGAAACUCUUUGAAAAACCCUGACGACAUGUUUUUGAAGCACUGCAAGGGUGUCAUUGACGACACGGCCAAAAUGCCUUGGCUCUAUUUGUUGGGAUUUCUUUUCCCAACCUUGCACGUGAUUUGGAUCCACAUUUACAAGUUUCUCCACAACAUCCAGUUCAACCCGGUAUUUUGGUUGGAGGACAAGAUGAGGGAGGUUGUUGUCAUGAGGAGAAAUAUGGCUGAUAAGGGACGAGCCGACUUGAUGCAGCAAAUGUUGGACGCCCAGUUUGAUGCAAGUAGCUUCAUCCAACUGGAGACGGAGGAGGCGAAGAUCAAUAACCCGUACAAGAAAACUUUGAGAUCUAUGACAAACGAGGAAAUCGUGUCCCACGCCCUACUCUUCCUACUGGCCGGCUACGAGACGACGAGCACCACCCUGGCCUACAUCUUCUUCGAGCUCUCCCUCAACCCCCAGAUCCAGCAGCGGCUACGUCACGAGGUGAUGACGGUCUUGCCCCGGGGGUACAGCAACAUCGAGUACGACGAUCUGAAGAAGUUGACCUACCUGGAUUACGUCAUUUGGGAAACCCUGAGGAAGUACCCACUGGCAAGCACCGUGACCGCUAGACAAUGCAUGCAUGACUGCACCAUCCGGAACUUGAAGAUCCCAGCUGGGAUGCUCGUGCACGCAAACCUCUGGGACGUGCAGUACGACCCCAAACAUUGGGGCGAGGAUCCACACAGCUUUAACCCAAUGAGAUUUAUGCCGGAGCAGAGAAAAAAACGCCACCCCGCCUCGUGGAUGCCAUUCGGCGGUGGACCCCGGGCCUGUGCGGGCUUGAGGUUCGCUCUCCUGCAGCUCAAGAUGGUCGUGGCGAAGGUUCUCAGGGACUUUGAUUUCCACCCAUCCGAUAAACUCACCGUGCCACUGCCGCUCAAACAGGGGGCCACCAUCCUCCCGUCCAGCGGGGUUCAUCUUUCUGCUAUGAGACGCGGCUCGGCCCUGACCGAAACUGGAUUAAGACGAGGGUCAGUCUUGACAGGCAUCCCACUGGCGGAUUGGAUCAACAUCAGAAGAGCUUCACUGAAGGAGGAAGAUUUUGGUCUCGAACGCUGCCCGGUUGAUGUGGAGUUUGAGGAAGUUGUGACGACAAGCAGACGGGCGUCGGUAGCAGACGGGUUAUCGUUUGGUAACAGCAGACGGAAUUCCAGAGAAGAACGCGCUACACGAAGGAGCUCGAUUCUUGAGGAGAAGCUCACAGUUCAAGGAUUUGAGUUACUACGCCGAUUUUCUAAAGCAGGGGAGAAUAAUCUUCUGGGGAAUUCCUUCAGCGAAAUGGAGAGCACAACUGGAAAGAGUUUCAUGUCUCAGCGAGACAAUGAAACGAACGCAAACAUGGGUGUGUCGACUAUGCCGGAAGACAUCCUUGGAGAGAUGCCACAGUUGAGGUCAAGAAUAGUUCUCCGUCGGGGCUCGGCUGUGCCUGAUCUGGAAUCAGUGUCAGAGGCGGCGACCAUCGAGGAGUUCAAACCAAGGGCGGCGCCUGUCAUCGCGGAAAUGGUCGACGGCAUAACGGAUGACGUGGAGUUCAAGAAGAAGCUGCAAGCUUGCAACAGGCUGUACAAGAGGCGUGGUUCCGGUUAAGCAGAUGACUGUCACAUCCGGCAGAUAGAGAAGAAAACGCAAUCAAUUUUGCCGGAAAAUACACCAAAAAAAUAAUUUAAUGUUUAGUUGAUAUGAAUGUUAUGAAUAUGAUAAAAUUUCUACAAAAUACAAUCGUCAUUAU